AUGGGCCUACGGAUGGAAGAUCUACACACUCCCACUGUGGCCGCGGGCCCCACCUCGGGCCGCUCAUCGAACGGCGCAGCGAAAGAUGGGCUUCCCUUGACAGAGCUUAUAGCGGAGAAAGAGCGGGUGGAGAGCGAGCUUCUGGCGCUGGGCUCUCACGGCGUCAACAUGAACACGAGCCUGACAACCUUUGAUGGAUACCCUAGAGACGACAUCGAUGUUGCGCAGAUACGGACGACCAGGGCGCGAAUCAUACAUCUGAAGAACGACUACAAAGAUCUGAUGAACAGGAUAGAAGCUGGUCUACACGCACAUCACGCCUCCGCAGCGGCGGCAAACACAUCCCGACCCGAACGGCAAGCAACCACUGCAGGCUCCAAUACAUCCGGUCGAGAAGCCCUUGAGGCACCCUUCGCGAAAGUCAACAGCGUUGUGCCUGACAGUCCGGCGGACACUGCUGGGCUGAAGGCAGGUGACAGCGUACUGCGAUUUGGAACGGCAACUUGGAUGAAUCACGAGAAGCUCAGCAAGGUGGCAGAGGUCGUCUCACAGAACGAAGGACGGCCCAUAUCCGUAAAGGUUUCGAGAAGGGAUCCGAGUAGUGGCUCCACGCAAGAGCUCCAGAUGUUUCUGACGCCACGACGGAACUGGGGCGGCAGGGGAUUGCUAGGCUGCCAUCUUCUGCCGCUGUAG